AUGGCAUCAGCACCACCGACAGCCGCCAACAUGGGCGCAGACCUCAAGGACAGCACCGCGCCGCAGACAAAGCACAAGCCGUGCUGCGUGUGCACCGACCAGAAAGCGAAGCGUGACGAAUGCAUGCUCUUCUCCACAUCGAACGAUCCCCAGAAGGAGUGCGCCGACCUCGUCUCCCAGUACAAGACAUGCAUGGCUGGCUACGGGUUCAAGAUCUAA